CACACCAAGUCCUGCUGCUCAUUCACUUCUCUAAAUUUGUAGGAGCGAUUGUUCCGUGCCCAGACUCCCAGAGGCUACAGCAGUUUUCACCACAUCUGGACAGAAGAUACUUCCACCAUGCCAGUCCAUCAAAGAACCGUUGUCGUGGGCAACACCAAAACCUUUAUUUCUAGUGUUUGUAUUGUUCGAUUUCUAGAGGCAAUAUUUGCAUGUGUCACUUUUAGCUUAGUGGCUCAUUUAGGAAACAUUCCAAGCCGACUCUGGGAUUUGUGUAUGUUUUCAUGGUGUUUCUGCUUUGCUGUUACAAUCGUUAUCCUCAUUGUGGAAUUUGCUGGCGUUCAAAACCGCAUGCCAGUGUCCUGGAAGAACUUUCCUAUCACCUUUGCCAUGUAUGCUGUUCUGAUGUGUCUCUCAGCCUCUUGUAUUUAUCCUGUAUUCUUCCUGAAUCAAUCAAGCUCUUACAACAACACCGCUCGUAAUUACCAAAUUGUGGCUACUUUGUUUUCCUGCCUCACAACCUUGGCUUACAUCAUUGAAGUAUCGUUAACGAGGGCCAAGCCUGGAGAAGUCACUGGAUAUAUGGCUACCACCCCAGGACUUUUGAAGGUUGUAGAGACCUACACAGCCUGCAUUAUCUUUGUUUUCAUUAGUGAUCCACCUCAGUAUGAAAAUCCUGAUGCCCUCAAAUGGUGCUUGGCAGUUUAUUGCAUCUGUUUUAUCCUCUCUGUUGGUGUAAUAAUUCUUUGUGUAGGGGAAUGUACCGGCUGGUUGCCUUGUGCUUUCAACAAGUUCCUCAGUGCUUAUGCCCUGUUAGCGGUUCUGCUUUAUAUUACUGUUACGAUCAUGUGGCCAGUCUACAAGUUUGACAAGAACCAUGGGGGUAGCCCUUCUCGGCCUUCGCAUUGUUCCAACAGACAGCUGUGCUUGUGGGAUAAGCAGGUAGCCAUUGCAGUUCUCACAGGUCUCAACCUCUUGUUUUACAUUAUGGAUCUUAUUUAUUCUGCAAGACUUAUCUUCAUUACUGUCUAAAUCACAUGACUUCAAAUAGUAAACAGGGAUUCUUAGCUUUUUAUUAUGAUAGCAAAAUAUUUUGCAUUUUAUUGUUCCAUACAAAAAGUACACAAGUAAGGCACAGCUCUUGUUUUUUUCAGAAUCUCAAUCUAAUGUUGCUCUAUAUUUCUCACUCAAGUUUUUCCCCCCAAUAAAACACUCUAUUUCUGUCUUUUAAAUGUUAGAAAACAGUUGUCCUAUGUAUGCAGAUUAUUUAAAAUACAGUGGUAAUGUUUUACGCUCAAGGUAUAAACGCAGAAUCAAUUUAAUAUAGAAUAUUCUAAUUUUAAUAUGGGAAUGGUUUUCUUCAUUGCAUAUGAUGCUGCAGUAUGCAUUAAUUAAACAUUUAAGUAUCAUUCUUAUAUUGUAAACCAUUCUAUAUUGCAAAAAUGUCUUUUUCAGUGUUAAUUUGUUUUAGAACAUCUGUAGGUACCAUUCAUUGUCUGUGCCUUUAGCAUUUUUCAAGAAUUUAAACAGCAGUGAUAAAACAGCUGGAACGAUAAAGAUACAUGAAUAGUCAGAUAUAUAUAUAUAUAUAUAUAUAUAUAUAUAUAUAUAUAUAUAUAUAUAUAUAUAUAUAUAUAUAUAUAUAUAUAUAUAUAUAUACACAUAUACACACACACAUACAUAGAUAUACACACACACACCAAGAAUAAAUAGAUAUAGGGCACUUUUUGAGUACUGUGAUUUUUUUCCCCCCUUCUUAUUUGUAGAACAUUGGUAUAUAACUCCAACAUCAUAUCCAUGCUUUUGGGGUUUUUCUUUUUAUUUGUUGUGACUUCUCCCUAGAACAAUUAAAAUGUCUGAGAAAAUAAAACCAUGACAAGUGCCUUUUACAUUUUUAAUAUUUCAGAUUCAGGUUUAAGCUUUGUAAUAUGUGUACUUUUAUGUUGUAUAUUGGUGAAGCACUUGAAAUGUUGAGCAUUGUGCACAUUAUCCUCGUGACUUCACCGGCUGCAGUUCAUUUCAAAUUCGACUAGUAGUAUUUUUGCAGUAUACUUCCAUGAGAACGGUAGUUAGCACUGCUUUAGUAAUUAAAGGGAUAGUAAACAUCAAAAAUGUUAUUGUUUAAAAAGAUAGCUAAUCCCUUUAUCAGUCCCAAGUUUUGCAUAACCAACAUUGUUAUAGAAAUAUACUUUUUACCUCUGUAAUAUCCUUGUAUCUAAGCUUCUGCUGACUGCCUCCUUAUCUCAGAUCUUUUGACAGACUUGUAUUUCAGACAUUUAGUGCUCACUCUUAAAGGGACACUGAACCCAAACAUUUUCUUUCGUGAUUCAGAUAGAGCAUGCUAUUUUAAGCAACUUUCUAAUUUACUCCUAUUAUCAAUUUUUCUUCAUUCUCUUGCUAUCUUUAUUUGAAAAAGAAGGUAUCUAAGUUAAGGAGCCAGCCAAUAUUUGGUUCAGUACACUGGACAGCACUUGUAUAUUGGUGGGUGAAUUUAUCCACCAAUCAGCAAGAACAACCCAGGUUGUUCACCAAAACUGGGCCUGCAUCUAAACUUACAUUCUUGCUUUUCAACUAAAGAUACAAAGAGAAUCAAGAAAAUUUAAUAAUAGGAGUAAAUUAGAAAGUUGCUUAAAAUUGCAUGCUCUAUCUGAAUCAUGAAAGAAAAAACUGGGUUCAGUGUCCCUUUAAAUAACUCCACGUGCGUUAGCACAAUGUUAUCUAACGCCCUCUAGCUGUGAAAAACUGUCAAAUGCAUUCAGAUAAAAGGCGGCCUUCAGGGGCUUAAAAAUUAGCAUUUGGUGAUUAGCUUUCAACUAAGAAUACCAAAAGAACAAAGCAAAUUUGAUUAUAAAAGUAAAUUACAAAGUUGUUUAAAAUUACAUGCCCUAUCUGAAUCAUGAAAGUUUAAUUUGGACUUUACUAUCCCUUUAACUUUGCAGGAAAUGCCUUAACAUGCAUAGCAGCUGUACUCUGCGCUUUCGCCAGCAGAGAAUGUGAUUGCAUUUAUUUUACAUAAAUGGGCUUUGCAUGUCACAUGCAUAGCAAAAGAAUUCACUAAAGCAGUAAUAAAUUACACUAGACCCAUUCUUGCUUAUAGUAAUGUAUUGCAAAAUUGUUCUAAUUGAAUUUGAAACACAAUUCUGUGCAUGUUAAAUUUGACUAGAAUUUCUCUUUAUGUUUAUGUACUCUUUAAUUCAUUGUAAUCUGAUUUGUAUAAAUGCAAUUACAGUGUAGGCCUAUAGACAUUGUAGCCUGUAUAUUUACUAUUUCAUUGAAAUUAUUUAAUUUUAAUAAAGAGCCUCAUAUACAAUACGGCACUUACACAGCUGGAGCUCCUAGACAUAAGUCACAUCUGAGAUUUUCAACCUAUUCAUCUCCAGUGAAGUCGCAACUAACAUGCUCUCCUCAUUGCCAAUCUACAGACUUAUAUUUGCUUAAGAAAACCCUUGACUGUUCAAAACACAGAGAGUAAAAUUAAAGAGAGAGUAGAUGCCAAAGUCUUGUCACUUUACGAGCCACGGAAAUGCCCGAGUAGAGUGCCCUUCUGCAUUUGUUUGCUUUUCCUAAUGAGAUGUCAGUUUUUAUAUUAAUCCCUGUCGUUAGCAUUGGAAGCUUAAACACCACAGUUGCUAUUAUCGUGUCACCUACAUGUCUUGUUAUUCAGUAUAAGUAUUUAAUCAUCAGCGUUCAUUUUUACUGUUAUCCCUAUGUGUUUCACAAAGCUGCACUAGCAUCAGUAUAUUAAGACUAUUUAGUAACAAGCAUGUGCUUAGUUACCAUGUUCUUGUACAUGUAUUCAAGUGCUUUCAUAUUAUCUGUAUUAGUGAUAAGUUAAUUUGUUUGUAACCUGUUUUUACAUAUAUUGAAAGCUUGUGUAUAAUAUCCCUAUGUAUACCAGAUUCCUUGUUAAUGCUUUUUUUUUCUAAAAUAUGAAUAAAUAUAUAUUGUGUACACUA